ACCUGAACAACGGGGCGAGAGAUAUCAGGCAAUUUUAGCCCCUAAAACCUCGACAAAACGUAUCAGAGCCUCUUGUGCGUGAUAUCAAAAUGCAUUCGGGAAGCUUGGAGCGGGCAGGGACACCAAGGAAGAGGACCCUUUCACGGGGAAUGAGUGAAGAAGAGUCGCUUAGACACAUAAUAAAAGAGGCUGAAGAAUCAUCCAAACGUCUGACGCGCAGUGACAGCAGAUAUGGCUCUCUCAAGAGGGGGGAACGAGUUGAAAUUCAGCAGAGUGAAGAGGACCCAGCAGUGGGACUUCCUGAUAUGAUGGACCUCCAGGCAAGUUAUGAGGACACUCUACAGGAGGUGCGGGGGCUGGAGGUCCAGCGGGAAGUGUUGCUCUUUCAGGUGGACUGUUUGCAGGAUGCUCUGGAGGGUGCUGAGGAGAUGCUAGCAGAGGCCCAGAGGGAGGUUCAUGACCUCAGCAUGACACUGGAGCAGGAGAGGGAGAGGAGGAAGAAGUUAGAGGUUGCGGUGGACUUGCUGAAGCAGGAGGUGGAGCAGUUAAAAGAGGAGAAGAACAUGAUACCAGCUGUCCCAGUGUAUACCCUGGUUAAAAGCACCACGCAAGAUGAGGGAGAGGUUGUGGAAGCCACAAAUGAACCAGAAAACGAAGAGAUCGAAAAAACAUCCAAUAAAGAUGAAGGCCAAUCACAGGGAGCCCAUUUCUCUGUUAUUCGAUUGAACAGCGUCCCUGCCACUCAAACACAGUCUCCUGAGGCUGAAGCACCAGUGGAAUCCUCCGCUAGAGGACUUCUGUCUUCUCUCUUCAAAGGGGGAAAGGGGGAUCAGUCAACAGAACGAAAGGCAGGUCCCCUUUGGCUUCAGAAAGCCCCACAAGGUACAUCCGUAGACCAGGACGAAGAUGAGGAACAUGGCACGUCAGACAGUGGAAGCCCAGGAACUAGUCUCCGCACAUUUUUUAACAAAACCUUUGGAUUGUCUGAACAACCCUCACAGGCCAAUAAAGCAGCAGACAGCGCCGGCCCAACUGACCAGCCAGCCCAAGAUGGAGAUGACAAUGAUGAGAGCAGUACCUAUGAAGAUGCUCGAUCGGAUUUACAGGGACAUGAUGACGCUGCUACUCCGGAUAACCCUCAAGAUGGAGGUUUUCCAGAAGAAGAGGCCAGAGAAGAAGAUGGAAGCCAAAAGAACUCCAUUGAGCCAAAGAGCCCGAAAUCUCCAGAUUCUUGUAUCCUGUCCUAAAAGAACAAAGGCUUUUCCAAUCAGUCUCACCUGUUUGAUUCAGCAUGGCAUUUUUCAAACGCUGGUGAGAAACCAGUUCGACCCCUGUUGUCACAUCAGUGCACUAGCAGUCAUUGUCUUUUUUUUUUCUCCAAAGGGAAUCAAUGACUGUUUUAUCCUUCCUAAAACUGUGGUCCUAUGUUCUUUUUUGAUCAGAAAUAAUUCCCAUUCCUCAGCCCUGUACCCACAAUAUUGGAAAAUAUCUUUUUUUUUUUGUUGUUGUUGUUGUUGCUGUAAACUUCCAACAGAUUCUCCAACAGUCUAAUCCUACAGAGUUGAGGGUUCCCUGUGUCCUCCACUCACAGAAGGCCUGAGUCAACUCUGAAAGAUGUCUUAGCGUCAACAGACAACAUGGAUCUCCUCAAAUCUGAAAGCACUUUUUACUUUUUUAUUCCCACAUACACUGUAAUUAGCACUGCUGCUUACCUUUUUUUUUCUUUCAUAUACUGUCUUUUUUGGCUGUAUAGAGCAACUGAACAUUGCUGUGAUAUGUUUUCAUACAGGGAAUUAUCAUGUUUAUGGUAGAGAGAACUUUUUCUGUUUGUUUGUUUAUCAUUGUGCCACUCAGACACAUUAAGUCUGUUAGGGAACACACGGACACCUUAUAAUCCGAGUUGUCUAUUACUGUUUUGCCUCUACUGUUAUUAGUUAUCUGCAUGGAAGGGAUAAGUGACGUCUUCAAGUAACCUUGAGAGCAUUUUAAUAUCAGUGUGUUGUGUUUCUGUUUACUGUUUAUCAUGCCUUCAUCAGGAGGUCUUGCUAGUACAAGUUUAAAAAGAUGGAAAAAGAGUUUAAAUAUAGUGCCUUCUCUCAGUACACUUAAUAAUCACAACAGGGAAUUGACUUAGCUGUGCCAAUGUGUAGAAAUUUGUUUUUUAAUUGUCUUAGGCCUAACCCAGUGAAUUAGCUAUGGUUCAUUUCCAGUUGAUAAAUCACAGAUUUACAUUCCGGUGGGUGUUUUAGGAGCUGGCAUGACUAAGCAUAGAGAUAAACCACAGUGUCCUCCAGAGUCACUGUUUGCUUUGUGUUUGCACUAAAACUGCUGUACUGAUUUGGGAGAGGCCUCACGCUGUUUCUUACCUGACAUUGCUGGACAAUGUCACCUCGGGUUUAAUCUUUUGUCCCCUCGCAUAAGCUACUGAGGACAGAUACUAAAACGGAUUUUAUAGGUAUAUUUCUGUUGAUUACAGGUUUUUACAACGUAACUUUUAUUUUCCUUUCACAAACAUUAUACAGUUUAAGAUUACUCAACUGUUUUCUUUAAAAUGCUGUACCGGUAGUCCAGUAUAAAAUAGCCACCAUGGUCUUAAUUUUUUUAAGGGAAUUUCUCCUGCACAGUAAUACAGAACAGGCCAGUGAGGCCUGUCUGUGGAUUUCUAAAUACUGUAAAUUAGUGUCCAUUUACAGGUCAGUUGGUCUUUGAUGCACUGUUGUCCAGUGCCAUCUUAUAAAAUGGGCGCAUCCAUGUAUGUAAGUUUCCAUCCUAUUGCUCAUCUGUUUGACAAGUUAACUUGCAGCAUGUUGAAUGGUGUUCUUCAAUAGUGCAUAUAAAGUUGUGGGUUUUUUUUUCUUUUGUGUGUUUACUUUUGCACUUCCUGUAAACAGCAGGAUUUCUGUAAGCACAAUAGCUAAAUGAUAUAUUGAACUAUUUUCAAACAUUCUCAAGCUGCAUGAUCUUAAAGCAAUUCAGUCUUGUUACAGAAUGACUCUUUUCACUGGCUAGUUUUAAUAUGAAUAUGUAUUUUGAGAUGAA